AUGGUCAAAUUCGAAGUCGAGGAUCCGAUAUUUCGGAAGGAAGAACUCCUAUGGAUGGAGGCACAACUGGCUGCUGGUGGCAAAACUUGUUCUUCGUUCCCAACGCCAGAUAGAGAUAACGAAACAUGGGAAAACGAGUUUCCCGACUCACGUCGGAAUGACUUAGGUCCAGAGGAGAUGGGGCGUGGGAAUAUGAUUACAAUCACUGGGGAGCGUCAGCAAGAACUAUACCGGAGGGCGGACCAACUCCAUCGAUACCACCCGGUCCGCUUUUCGCCGGUGAUGCAUCAAGGACCACCAGCAGCAUGGACGGAGCAGACUGUGAUUCGGAAAAUAGCAAAGUCGUGGGUCGAAAUGAGUAUUCAAAAGUUUGACAUAUCUUUCAUUGAUAACCUCUUUCUCGCAAAAAUCAAAGAACCCGUUGAGCAAGUGGUAUGCUUUGGGCUGGGACGCCUUGUGCCGUUACUCCAAUCGGGAGACAAGCUCUACGACGACGACCCGGAUAUUCAUAUGCAAAGCUGGGACAACACCGCCGUAGUUGCGUAUCUUGCGACGCACCUCCGCAAAGUCUGGGGCAGACGACCACGAGUUGUUUGCCAGGACCUACAGUAUACCAACGCGUGCAGAGAGGCACUUGCAGCAUACAAGAUUGAAGCAAUCGACUGCUUUGGCGCCACCACGUUCACUAUGAUUAAUGAAAAAUCUAUCGUGGUUGUGUUUGGUGAGCCUGCGGCUCCCGUGCGAGAGAUAGUUGCUGACCUUGCACGGCCGCUUGCGAUGUGGUGGCGCCCUCGAUGGACGCAUGAACAAGUGGAUGAUCCUGAACAUGAUCCAGAGACCUGGAACCCUGAUUCAAAACGCUCGCUUCAGAUGUUGGAUGAAUGGUAUGGGAAGGACAUCAGAUACAAAACCCGGAUAGACACGAAAUUCAUCGGACGCCACGUAUGGUGCUUUAGGGGCAAAGGACCGCGGAAGCCGGAAGACGAAGAGGAAUCGGAGGGUUGGUAUGAUGAAGAGGGUAACUUUUUCUAUGAAGGCCCUAAAGACGAUGAAGAAGAUGAAGACGAGGAUUCUGAUUCUGACAAAUGGGACUUGUUUAGCGACUAUAGUUCUGAUGAUAAUUAA